AUGGAUGAUAAAGAGAAGAAAGCGCAUCGACCACGACAGGCUGGGUCAAAAAAAGAAAAGAAAGACAAGAAGAAAACCAAAAAUGAUGAAAAACAUAACCCAAAGGCUUUUGCUCCACGAUCUGGUCGGAAAGCCGAAAAACUUGCGCGUAGGAAAGUGGAACUCACGCAGAAGAGACUUCAUGUUCCUUUAGUCGACAGAACUCCGCUGGAACCACCGCCUGCAAUUAUAGCCGUUGUUGGACCACCAAAGACUGGAAAGACGACUUUGAUCAAAUCGCUCGUGAAGCGUUAUACUAAACAUAAUCUCACAACUAUCAAAGGACCAAUAACAGUUGUCAGUGGCAAGAAACGGCGGCUGACUUUCAUAGAAUGCGCAAACGAUCUCAACUGUAUGAUUGAUGUAGCAAAAAUAGCCGAUGUAGUGUUACUACUUAUCGAUGCUAGUUUUGGAUUUGAGAUGGAAACCUUUGAAUUUCUCAAUAUACUUCAAGUCCACGGGUUUCCUAAAAUCAUGGGCGUACUCACACAUCUCGACAAGUUUAAGAAAAUGAAAACACUUCGAGCUACCAAAAAAAGAUUAAAACACCGCUUUUGGACUGAAAUAUAUCAAGGGGCAAAGUUAUUCUAUUUGUCAGGUGUAAUCAACGGUCGAUAUCCGAACAUGGAAAUACUGAAUUUGUCGCGCUUUAUUUCAGUAAUGAAAUUUCGUCCCUUGAUUUGGAGAAACGCACAUCCAUAUUUGGUUGCUGACCGUGUAGAGGAUUUAACUGAUCCAGAAGAAGUUAGACAGAAUCCCUUAUGUGAUCGUACAGUGACAUUGUAUGGUUAUUUACACGGAAUUAAUCUUAAACCGAAUAUGAAAAUGCAUAUACCUGGUGCAGGCGAUUAUUACUUGAGUGAUGUAUCACCGCUGCCCGAUCCUUGUCCAUUGCCUGAUAAGGUUCGCAGGAGUCUAAGUGAGAAGCAGAAAUACAUAUAUGCUCCAAUGUCCGAUGUCGGAGGCAUUCUUUACGAUAAAGAUGCCGUUUAUAUAAACGUUCCUGGAAAUUUCACCAAGGCUAAUCAAGAAGGCAUAGAACAAGGCGCUGGGGAAAAAAUGGUUAUUAAUCUGCAAGACGCACCAGAGACACUCGCAUCUCGACUUGAAGACAGUGAGUUACGUGUCUUCACGAGGUCUGAACCUUUGAAAGCUGCUGACUUGACUAACAGAUCAGAAUCGGAAGGAGAUAGUGAUUUUCAUAGUACAUCAUUCAAGGGUAUGUCAUCGUUAUUAUUAAAUAUAAGCUUGUUGACAGAGGAAGAGGCCAAUAGGCCUGCCCUGUUGACUAUGCAAGAUGUUUGUGCAAUAGUUCAAGGAUUGAUUGGCGGAUCGGUAGAAUCCGUUGAAGAGGAGUCAGGACGACGGCGUCGAAAAGUUGUUUUUUCGGGAGGUGAUAAAAAUGAGACGGAUAAGGAAUUGAGUGAGGCCGAGGAUGGCAUUGCAAAGAAAAGGAAAAGGAGAGUGGCAUUAGACAAACACGAAGUCAGCAUUAUUACAGGAGACGAUGUUGAUGGCGAAGAAAUAGCGUUUGCUGAAAGCGAUAGCGACCUUGAUGAUAUUAUGUCUGAGCAAGAAUUUGAUGAUGGAUACAUGAAUAGCGCUUUAAAAUGGAAGUCUAAUUUGGCAGAAAAGGCAAAAGAAACGUUUCAUGCAAAUAGACGCGUCAACUUGAUGCAGCUGAUAUACGACAGCGGCAAAAGUCCAGAAGACAUAGCCAACGGAGAAUACGAUUCUUCUAAUGAGAAGGACUCGCUAGAAAAAAUGGACGAGGAAGAGGAAGAUGAGGAUGAUUUAAUUACACUCAAAAAAGCUGAUAGAAAGGAAGUUGUCUCGUUAAAUCAGGUGGAUUCCGUAAAGUCUAGUAUUGACAAAGCUUCGCUAGCAGAAUGGGACCAAGAAGAGACACUUGAAGCUAUACGAAAUAGAUUUAUAACGGGUUCACUUGAAGAUAAAGGAGACGAUGAAGAACUUUAUGGCGACUUUGAGGAUUUGGAAACUGGUGAAAUCGUAAAAGGCACAUCCGAACCGGGACGAACAAAAGAAGAGCUUGAUCAAGAAGAGCUUUCUCGCAAGAAAGAGGAAUUAAAAAGAAAGUUUGAUGCGGAGUACGAUGACAAAGAAGAAGAUACCCCCGCAAUGAGUUACUAUGAUGAAGUUAAGGAAGGAAUAGCCAAACAAUUAGAACUUAAUCGCGCGGAAUUUGAAAAUGAUGAUCCUAUUACUCGUGCCAUGGUUGAAGGAUACUGUCCGGGUACAUACCUUAGAAUUUUGCUAAGGAACAUGCCCUGUGAGUUUGUGAAGCAUUUUGAUCCGAUCUAUCCCAUUAUCGUUGGUGGUUUGUCGUCUAACGAAGAGAAUCUUGGAUUUAUUCGAGUACGAAUAAAACGUCAUCGUUGGCACAAAAAAAUUUUAAAAACAAACGACCCGCUCAUAUUCUCACUUGGAUGGCGUCGAUUCCAAACAAUGCCUGUGUAUUCUCUAAGCGAUGGAACCCGGAACAGGAUGCUAAAAUACACCCCGGAACAUAUGCAUUGCACAGCAACGUUCUACGGUCCUAUACAUCCGCCGAAUACGGGUUUUUGUGCGGUGCAGUCUGUGUCUGGGGAAAACCAGUCAACUUUUCGCAUAAGUGCAACGGGGGUUAUUCUCGAUAUCAACCACUCGGUUGAAAUCGUCAAGAAAUUAAAAUUAACUGGCACGCCUUACAAGAUAUUCAAGAAUACAGCCUUCAUAAAAGAUAUGUUUAAUUCAGCUUUAGAGGUGGCUAAAUUUGAGGGAGCUGCUAUACGAACAGUGUCUGGUAUUCGUGGACAAGUGAAGAAACCUUUGCCGAGAUCAGAUGGAUGUUUCCGCGCAACUUUUGAGGAUAAGAUAUUAAUGAGCGAUAUUGUAUUCCUUCGUGCAUGGUAUCCUGUAAAACCUAAGAAAUACUGCAACCCCGUGACAUCUCUACUACUGUCUUCAAAGACAGAUUGGCAAGGGAUGCGAUUGAUUGGUAGCGUGCGUAAAGAACUUGGCGUACCAAUAGUAAACAAUCCUGACUCGACAUAUCGCCCAAUAGAUCGACCCACUCGCCGUUUCAACCCUCUCCACAUUGCCAAAUCACUACAAUCACAACUACCUUUUGCAUCCAAACCCAAACUUUUAAAAGCUCGUUCGAAGAAAUCUUACCUUCAAAAGCGAGCUGUCAUUUUAGAACCAAAAGAGAAGCAGAUAUAUACACUUAUGCAGCAAAUACAGACAUUGAAGAAGGAAAAGAACCGAAAGAAGAAAGAGAAACAAGCACAGAAAAGAGCUGAACAUGCAAAAAAGUUGGCAAAAGAGGAAAGCAUAACAAGAGAAAAAGAAAAGGAGAGAAGAAAAGAUUUCUUCAGAGCUCAGGGUUUGGCUGAAAAGAGAAGUGCAGGAAGUUUGAAAAGCAAUGGGACAAGGAGUAAGAAAAUUCGUACAGAAUGA